AUGCGGUCCGCGUUCGUCGGUCUGAACACGAUUCUGGUCGUGGCGGUGGUAGCGGCACAGCUACUGCUCAGUGAAACCAAGGCCACGUCCACGCCCGACAGCGAUGCCUUGGUUAGCCACAUAACGCGCUCCCGCUACUGUGGGCGCCGUCUCACGGAAACGCUGGCCUACCUGUGCCAGGGACGGUACCCGAUGCUGACCCAUUAUCGUACCGAUUACUACCACGAUCAGCAGCAGCAACAGCAGCAGCAGCGGGUGAAGGUCGAGGUGGCCACACUGCCGGACAGUUUGCCGCCCGGCUUCCCGUACCCGGGCACCGGUGUGCACCGGCGGAGCCGCCGCAGUUCCGGCGGCAUCUACGAUGAGUGCUGCAAGAAGAGCUGCUCGUUCGUCGAGCUGCGUGCGUACUGUGAUUAAGCCGCUGACGGCUGACUGCGUCCAACGACUGGCAAGCGGUUUGUGAAGAAGAAGUUAGUUGAACAUAGUAUACUUGCAACUACCGACCGACAACGACGCAUCCUCGACGCAUCCUUUCCUCCGGUGGUGGUCCAGUGGCGGAGAGUGGAGAGUGCAUAUCGCCACCGCUAUCGGUUUGGCUUUUGGCUCCGUCGACCGCACUAUUCUAAUCAAUCGCUUGCGUAUUAUUAUCACUUUUAUAUACAUAUAGUCUUACCACGUAUAUGCGUAUCUACACACAAGUACUGGUUUAUUUUAAUGUCCCAUCCUCGUUUUUUUACCUAGACACUCCGUAGCGCAGUUCUUGCCCUGAUGUCUUUAUUAUUUAAAGUAAUCCCCUCACCCUAUUAAUGAACCUGGGACCGUUUGGGCAUCUCAAGCGUCUCAAGGGUUUGGUGCGUACCUUGAUCAACCUUUGAAAAACCCACGAAGAUCACUCCUGUUCGGAACGCACGCAAUAUGAACCACCUAUUUUAGAAAUAAUGGCACACACUCUUUCGCUUACGCUUAGUUUGGUUAAUUUCAGCUCCUUCUUUCGUGUACCCUUACAAAAACGUCUUCGCACAAUUCUUUCUACCAGCGCAGGCAUCGCAGACGCAUAGACGGCUAACGAUAGAAUAGGGUAUAGCAUUUCUGUGGUACGAACGCAAGCGGACGAAACGGCAUCGCGAAACCCACACACGACUCUGUCCAUAAACCCCUGUCCGAAUUCACCUAGCAGGCCGCAACUUUUGGCGUAAUGCCCUCUUGGCCCCGUGUGUACCACGUGUUGGGCCAAACUUUCCGACCCAUCGGCACAUUCGUCGGCAGAGCAAAAGUUUAUCCAACUCCCUGAGUCGGGCGCCAAUUUCGCCGAUUUGCGUCCGCUGCGAUUCGAAAGAUGUAGAGCAUGUAACGUGUGCGUCGCGUGAAGUGAACUACUCUCCGUAACUUAUUGUGUAAGCAUUCGCCCGCCCGAAGACGGUGCCAACUAUUAGGACCGGGGCCCCUCGGUCGCUGCAGGCAGGCAGUCGGCGGUCGGCGGUGGUGCGUUUGUGUUUAGAGCAUGUUUUAUCCGGGGAACCGUCGGGGACCCCGGUCGGCGGUCGGUUUUGUACGAUGGUAUUCUUAUUUAUUACGACUACAGCGAGACGAAAGCAAAUGUAUACGCCCCUUUUUACUACGAUACUUUUUCGGUGGUUACAAGUGCUAUGAACAGCAGCAAAAGGAGCUUUAGCUAGCCAGUCAGCCAACACUAAGCCGGCGGACUCUACGUCGACCGUCCCGCUAGGGAAGAGCUUUAGGGCGGCCAACAGGAUGGCACCAGACCAGAACGAUAUAUUUUUGAACCUUAGGACAACAAAUUUUGCACUGAUCGUCCCGAUCUGUCUGUUCCCACAAUCCCCCCUGAAAACGUGAAUGUGAUCGUAUUUUCCUAUGGGCCUUCCUCGUGUGCCACUAGACUAAGCCAUAUGGAAGUAAAUUUAAUUA